AUGGGCUCUCCUUCUCCCAGCACAGGGCUUUCCUGGUGGCUUCCCUCCAGCGCCCCUGCCUCCUGGGAUGACCUGACCUCGCCUCGGGGCACCCGUCAGGCCUGGAAGAGGAAGAAGUCCGGCUCCGUCCGGGUUCCGUCCAGAAAGGAGUCCCGGGCGCCGUUCGGGUCCGUCCCAGGAGAGGAGUCCGGGCGCCGUCGGGGUCGGUCCCAGGGAGAGGAAGGCCCCUGGGCGCCGCGGGGUCGCGUCCCAUCGGAGGGUCGCGUCCCAGGAGAGGAGGUCCCGGGCGCCGCCUUCGGGUCCGUCCCAGGAGAGGAGUCCCGGGCGCCGUCGGGUCCGUCCCAGGAGAGGAGUCCCGGGCGCCGUCGGUCCGUCCCAGGAGAGGAGUCCCGGGCGCCGUCGGGUCCGUCCCAGGAGAGGAUCCGGGCGCCGUCGGGUUCCGUCCCAGGCGAGAGGAUGCCCCGGAAGGCGCCGGGCGGCCGUCCCAGGUUCCGGCGCGCCUCUGGUCACGUCCGCAGGAGAGGAGUCCCGGCGCCGGUCGGGUCCGUCCCAGGAGAGGAGUCCCGGCGCCGUUCGGUGUCCGUCCCAAGCAGAGGAGUCCCGGGCGCCGUCGAGGGUCCCGAGGCAGCAGCGUCGCGGAGACCUCCUCCGAAGGAGAUCCGGGAAGCCCUCGGCAGGAAGGAAGCCUCUGCCGGCGGGAGUUGCUCGUCGUGCAGAGACUCGCUGGACAUCACUCCAGCUGACCUUUGA